GGAAGCCCUUGUGGUCCUGCUGUCAAGUGUCGGGGUGGACUACAAGACACAGAUCUCGAACCAUGGCUCCCGCAAGCAAAAAUCGGGUGUUUGUAAUCGGCGUAGGCAUGACAAAGUUUGACAAGCCCGGAGCUCGAGGUGACUAUGACUACCCUGACAUGGCCAAAGAAGCAGGUCAAAAGGCUCUUGCAGAUGCAGGGAUCCCAUACUCCGCAAUUGAACAAGCCUGUGUGGGAUAUGUCUAUGGGGACUCCACAUGUGGGCAGAGGGCCAUUUAUCACAGCCUGGGCUUAACUGGCAUCCCUAUCAUAAAUGUCAAUAAUAAUUGCUCCACCGGCUCCACUGCACUGUUCAUGGCACGGCAGUUGAUUCAAGGAGGUCUCUCAGACUGUGUGCUUGCACUGGGAUUUGAAAAGAUGGAGAGGGGAUCUUUGUCCUCAAAGUACAUGGAUCGAACCAGCCCUAUGGAUAAACACAUGGAAGUGAUGAUCAACCGUUACGGUAUGGUGGCCGCUCCACCAGCUGCGCAGAUGUUUGGCAAUGCCGGCAGAGAGCACAUGGAAAAAUAUGGCACUAAACCAGAGCACUUUGCCAAAAUUGCUUGGAAAAACCACAAACAUUCCACCAACAAUCCUUAUUCUCAGUUCCAAGAUGAGUAUACUUUGGAGCAAGUUAUGAACUCGAGGAAGGUGUUUGAGUACCUUACGCUUCUGCAGUGCUGUCCUACAUCAGAUGGGGCUGCCGCUGUAGUUUUGGCAAGUGAGAACUUUGUUCGGCGUCACCAUCUGGAGGAGCAGGCAGUGGAGAUCCUAGCCCAAGAGAUGGUGACUGACUUGACCACUACGUUUGAUGAAAACAGCUGCAUUAAGAUGGUGGGUUACGACAUGUCCCGUCUGGCAGCCAAAAAGUGCUUUGAAACAUCAGGUCUGCAGCCUGCUGAUGUUGAUGUUGUGGAGCUUCAUGACUGCUUCUCUGCUAAUGAACUGAUCACUUAUGAAGCACUGGGAUUGUGUCCUGAAGGAAAAGGAGCAGAGCUGAUUGACAGAGGGGACAACACAUAUGGUGGCAAGUAUGUGAUUAACCCCAGUGGUGGCCUCAUCUCCAAGGGACAUCCUUUAGGAGCAACAGGUCUGGCUCAAUGUGCUGAGCUCUGCUGGCAACUCCGAGGCCAGGCUGGCAGGAGGCAAGUCUCUGGGGCCAAAGUAGCCUUACAGCACAACAUUGGCUUAGGAGGAGCUGUGGUUGUCACUCUUUACAGAAUGGGAUUCACACAGGAUCCCAGGUUACAUGUUAGCGCAGUGGCCACUAGUGCAGGCAACAGCUUGGAGGGAUUUAAAGCAUAUGCUGUCUUUAAGGAGAUUGAAAAACAUCUGCAGGAGGAAGGUGCACAGCUUGUCAAGAAGGUUGGUGGCGUGUUUGCUUUUCAAGUGAAAGAUGGACCGGAUGGGAAGGAAGCCACUUGGUUUGUGGAUGUGAAGAACGGCAACGGUUCAGUCACCAAUAAGUCAGGUACAAAGGCUGACUGCACCUUGACCAUGAGUGAUCAAGAUCUUCUUGAUCUGAUGACAGGAAAAUUGAAUGCACAAAUGGCUUUUUUCAAAGGAAAGCUGAAGAUUGCUGGGAAUAUGGGUAUGGCCAUGAAACUGCAGAACCUUCAAGUGUCACCAGGAAAAGCCAAACUCUGAUUACUGGAAUGUGAGUGGAGAUUAAUCUUGGAGUCAAACAUUUUCUGACAGACAUGAGUAGUGAUAUGCUCAAAGGUAACUGGUGACGUGUGCCUCUUUGAAUAUUGAUUUCAGCUGUAAAUCAUUCAUACGGACUAUUAAUUGUGUGAUAUAAAUAAUAUAUACAGAAGUGCAAAGCCAGUGCUAUGUCAAACUGUCCGCGAUGAUAUAUUUUUUGUAUCAAAUACAAUAAGUGUUAGGUGGUGAUAUUGACGGAAUCGCGGGUGAGAAAGACACAACAAGCCAGAACUUAUCUGAGAGCGAGAGACGAAAAAAAUACAACAUGACAAACUGUAAUUCCUCACCCAGUUAAACCCUUUUGAUGAACAAAUCAUUUCAUUUCAACCAUGCGGUUAAACAUAAUUGCAUUCUAGUGUUUCUCUUUUGUCUUCAUGAAAACUGGAAACAUGAAAAUCGUUUUGAAACCACCAUUCCUGCACAAUGUUUAAUAAACACUAAUCUGUGUAUGAGUUUUCUUUUAUUCAGUUUUCAUAAUAUUACCUCAGAAUGGGUGUGUAGGAGUUAAAAUACACAUGUGAUACACCCUCAAGAUUUUUCUCAGAAUAAAUGUUAUUUUUCAUCCAUACCCAUUAGUGAGUUGACGUACUCAUCCGCUUGCACCCUCUGCCAGGCCAGACUGUGUUCUCAUUUAUUCCAUUUUGCCUAAGCUACCCCACCUCCAGUACUUGUCUCUGUGCCAGGGAUAUGCAUGGACACAUGGUGACAUCCGAUGACGGCACAAGCUGCACACCAGGUCAAACUCGUUGUCCAUGAGCAGUAGGUUAUUGGGUCUGUGAUGAGGGGAAACAUGUCAACCCUUGAGACAAGAGACAGGAUAAAUACUUCUGAGAUUAAUGAGAAAUGCCUUUCUACACCGUAUAAUGGAUUUGGAAAAAAAAAUUAUUAAAAAAAAAAAAUCAAUUAGACAAGUGACAAUAUAAAUACUUCUGAGAAUAAUGACAGAUGAUCUCUACACCGUGUAAUGGAUUUGGAAAAAAAAUCAAGGUGUGACUGUGUAGACAAAGUGUAGACCUUCAGCUUUCAUUAAAUAGGUCCACAUGACUAUUAUAUUCCAGAUUUCGCAAUUACCGUCACAUUAUGCAGUUCAUUCUAUAUACCGGUAACCAUCAAAUUGGAACAUUCUUCCCUGGAAGCGCAUUCAGUCACAGCCUGAUUGCUUUAUUUGAAAUCCCUGUCGUCUUCGUAUGGAGAAAAACACGCACACACAACUAAGUAAACACGUUCU